AUGUUUGCACGCAAAAAAGCUGAAAUAGAUUGGAAGUUAGUAGACGGUGCAUUUACGAAACAGAGACGAUUGCAUUUGGUGAAAGGCAGCGAUGGGCUAGACCAUUGUCCAAUAACAGGUUGCGAGCAUCCAGGAUUUUCUAGUCAAAGAGGUUGUCGUAAACAUGUGAAAAUAAAAUACGGUUGGUAUUACUAUUUUGACGAGAAACCGAACGUAUCCAUCGACACUUUGGUCACUUCGCAGUCUGCGCUGAAUGGAAUUGAUGAAAAAGGUUCCAAAACAAUUCCUAGCUGCUCUACAGAUAAUGAUUUCGCACGUUCGUUUUCGCAGUGGCUUCAAAGUAGCUGUGGGGGAGGGAAAUCUCGUAAACAAUCAGACAUUUCUGUCACGAGAGCUUUAAGUUUGUCAAGUUUUGCUGCGACGAGAGUGGCGACGCCGAACAAGACGUGUUAAGUUCUCCAAAUUUGAUCGAUUACGUGUUGGGAUCUCCACAACUCUUGACAAAAUUCGUCGACUGUCUGAAGGACAAAUGGUGUAUUGGUCAAUCGGGACGGAUAGCGUACGUUGGAAGCAUAUCAGAUUUGCUGGACUUUCGUAAAUUCAAUCGUCCACCUGCAUCAGUUCUUCAAAACUUUGCUGUUACCGAGGUUUAUGUAAAGAGAGCGCGAAAGUGCUUAGCAAAGGACAUGAGAUCAAAUUGGACAACCGAAUUAGACGUAGAAACCCUAGAAUCGCGUAGAAGUUGGGCAACACUUUCCGAAGUUCAAUCAGUAAUUCCAUUCCACAUGGAACGUUAUGAAUCAGUGUUAGAAAACUGUAUGACACAUCCUGCUUCAGUCAGGCCGGGCGACGUAACCUUUGCAACGCGAUUCGUUGCAGCUUAUUUGUUCCUGAAAGUCAAAGGUUGUCGCCCAAUGACAUACCAACAUCUCACUUUGCGAAUGUUUGAAAGUGCAAGAAGGAACGAGGGAAUGGUUGAUCAGAAGAUUUUCAAAACAGCCAAAAGGUACGGUUUUGAUAGUGUAUAUUUGGACGUAUCCAGCAUUGAAUUAUUAGAAAAAUAUAUAACCUACAUCAGACCCCUUCUCACACCCACUUGCGAGUAUGUUUUGGUAAAUCGAAAUGGUAACCAAUUUCAAAAACUCACAGAUCUUCUGAGUGUUUUAGUGUUCGAGGCGAUAGGAAAAUACAUUCACCCGACCAGGUACAGACAAAUCAUCGAGACCGAAAGUUCCCAGGUUCUUCUGCCAAACGAACAGAAAUGGAUAUCCGAAGACCAAAAGCACAGCUCAAACGUUGCCCGUGUGCACUAUCAAAAGAAACGUUCACGAGAAGUAGCGAUAAGAGGACGCUGGUGCAUGCAAAAAUUAGUUGACGAGAGUAAGAACAUGGAGAGUGACCACGAAAAGAUUGACCAGUCAUCACGUGGACAAGACGAUGUUCGCAAAGACAGUCCAACGAAACCCAUGGAGACAGUCCCACGGCGUUCAGGUGUUCGUUUUACGAUUGAAGAGGAUAAGUACAUUAGAGUUGGCAUUGAAAAAUUUGGUUUGCGUUGGUCAAAGAUACUGCGUCAUCCGGAAUUCCAUUUCAAUCCAUGUCGUGUUGCAAAUACUUUGAGGAAGAGAGCUGAAGUUUUAAAAUUAGUUUGA